GGGCUGGGUUUUUACUCUAAUUGUUGUAUGUCUGAUACCUCUGACUUGGCCAUAUUAUCGCUUUCAAGUGUGAGCAGCCAAGGUGCUUUGAGAAGUACAACACCACCAUCAUCACCUCUAACACCUUCACCUUCAUCCUCAACACUUGCAUUUCCACCUCAAAACCCUAUCCCUACACACACUACCGCUACUGCAAUGACUACACCUCAACACCUAGGUGUAAUCGACCUACCAAUCCCUGGCACGAAGAAUGCUCCGAAGAAAUUCAAAGGAAAGUACUCAGAGAUCAAGCCUUUUGUCCAGCACUACGAAAGACUCUGUCUUCAGAAAGGAGUGACCGAUGCUCAAGAGAAGAUAGAGAAUAUUACGCAGUACUGUUCAAGGGAUGCACGAGAAUUUAUGGAAGGACUUUCAAGCUAUAAGUCAGGAAACUGGGAUCAGUUUACCAGAGACCUUUUGGAGUUCUAUGAUGCUGAAAGAGACUCAAAGAGAUACCGCCCCAAAGACCUCGUCAUAUAUGUCAAGAACUGGAAGUCUGACCACAAGACUAUUCGUAAUCUUUCAUCCUGGAAAGAAUACAAUCGAGGCUUCAUCAAGAUUGCUGGAUGGCUUAAAAAAGAAGGAAAGAUUACUGAGGACACUCAGGCAAUUACCUUCUGGAAGGGAAUCCCUAAACCCUUUAGACAUCGACUGGAAGCAAGAUUACUUGCCAAGACUCCAGAUCAUGAUCUCAGCAAUCCAUUCAGCAUGGAAAGCAUCCACAAAGCUGCUAAAGCUCUCCUGCAGCGCAACCGCUUUGAUAGAGAGGGAUAUCUGUCAGAUGGUGAGGAUGACGAAAGUGAAGAUGAAGACUCUGAAGACAGUGACCGUGAUUCAGAAAGUUCUGACUCAGAUUCUGAUAGCUCAGAUGAUGAGAAAAUAGCACAGCAUGUGAAGAAGUUGAGGAAGAAGCGGAAGGAAAAGAUGAGUAGAGAGAAGCUGAAGAAGAAGAAGAAAUCAGAGCAAGAAGAGAAGCCCGAGGCCAAGAUCAACAAGAGUGCAAGACCAACCAGGAAGAAGGAAAAGGACAGUGAGGUUGAGGAACUUAUCAACCAGCUCAACAAGAUGUCACUUGAGGAUCCUGCCUAUGCGAUAUCCUACUUCAGAGCCUGUCGACUCGAUCCCUUGGUUGCUGAUAUUGUACCAAAGCCUAAUGAACGUCAUCAAAGGAUAAAUGCUCAACCUUCUGGACAAUUCUUCAAUAAUAGCUCUAGACCUCCAAUGCAAAGGCAGAUGCCUCCUCACAUGGAUAAUGCACCUACUGGUGAUAGAAGAUGUUUCGGAUGUGGCAUUGUGAGUCGAGAUCCUGCCGGAUGCUAUGUCAUGGCAAAUGGACAACCGAUCAUGAAGAUUGCAUUUGAUGAACCUUUGGCAACUGCUGCAGUACGUUUGCAUCCUACACCUCAAGCCAACUUUAUAGCUGUCAAUCAUGCCACUAUUGAAGAAGUAACAGAUGAGGACUAUCAAGAAGUAGGUGAAGAUGGAGAACUAAGUGAUGAUGAAGGAGAUGGAAGAAAUGCCGCUUGGCCUGUGACUCGAACUCCCAAGUCUACUACUGCUGCUAGAAAGGAAAAGUUCGAAGGAGUCCUAAUGCCCCCAAGAAAAUUUCUAGACAAAAGGGACGAGAAAACAAGAUCAGCAAAGGGAAACAAAGAGAACGUACUUCCAAGAAAGAAGAACUUUGAGUACCCAUCUAAUGGAAAGAUACCUGAACCUGUACCUGUUGAUGUGGAAAGAGAUAUUCCAGUUGACAAUCAUUCAGAUAUCAUCAUGGAUGAGGAACUUGGAAUGCGAGAGCCACUCGGUGAAAGGAAUGCUUCAAAGAACUUGGAGAAUCAUUCACCUGAGAAGAGAAUUCCUCGACAUUCUGAGAUUCAAGCUCAGGUCGAUCGUCUCAAUGUGCUCACUAAAGUCUUGAAUACACCUGUUACCUUAGCUGUUGGAGAAGUCUUUGGAAUGUCAAAGGAAAUGAGCACACACCUCCUGGAUGUCCUUAAGCCUAAGCCUGCCACUAAACUUCAACAUGUUCCAAAAGCUACUGCGGCAUUAGCAAGAACCUCUGCCAGUUUUAAUUCUUCAGCAGUCUCAGCUUCCUUUAUUGCACGGUCAAGAGGCACUCUCAUUAAAUUGAAGAUGCAUUGUGACAAUGUACCUGUUGAUGCUAUCAUUGACACUGGAUCUCAGCUCAAUAUUGCACAUGAACAAAUCUGGAAGGACGUACUUGCAAGGCCAAUGGAUAAAGGACGAAAGAUUAGUAUGAGUGAUGCCAAUGGUGGAGAAGGAAUGCUAAGUGGACUUGUGCCCAAUGUACCUCUCAACUGUGGUGGAGUACUCACUCAUGCAAAUAUCUAUGUCGGAACUCAAGUUCCAUUCAAGCUUCUAUUAGGACGACCCUGGCAACGUGGUAAUUAUGUGUCCAUUGAUGAACGAGAGGAUGGUACAUACCUUCUUUUCAAGGACAAGCACUUGAAUGUGCGACAUGAAUUACUGGUCAAUCCUGAACCUACCAAUCCUAGCCUGAAUGAGAUCUCUGACUACCUCACAUAUUCUUCCCCUGCAAGAGUAGGUCUUGUGCAAGCUGAUGAAGGACUGACAAUUGAACCCGACAUUCCAGAAAAGCUUCUUGAAGAAGAGAUAGUAGAUGAACGAGAACCACGACCAUUUCAACAUGCAUUUGAUGUCAAGACUCAAAUGUGGAUGCAUAGGUUCUUCUUCUCCCCAUCUCAAUAUGAUCGACCCAUGCUAGUCACCAUGCUGCUACCUUUUCACCAUAGCAAUCCUACUCCAGGCAUCCUUGACAGAUAUGCGAUUGAAGGAAGAGAAGGUAUUGGGAAAGUCUCCUUCUCAGCUUUACAUGAGAAGAUUGAUUCUCUUCAUAGACUCAAGAAGGCUCCAAAAUUCCGUUUAAAUCUAGGAACUUUCAAUGCAUUUCCUCUGCAAUCAGAUUCUACUGAACCUGCCAGGCAUCAAGUUGAAUCGUUCCUUAUAAAUGAUGCAACUCUCAUCUAUGCCAAACCCGGAUCUGAGCUACCAACAGCUGUACAGUAUGUGGAUGCCUACCUGCAGUUCAAAGACAGUCUGGAACAUGAUCUGGAAAAUCACGAAUGGAAAGGACCUAUUUUGGUUCCAGCAGAAGGUCCUCCUGACCCUACUGACAAGAGUCAAAAGCCUGAGGGACAUCCGGAUAGUCAAGCAGAGUCUACCAAAGGAGAAGAUGAUGAUGCUCCAGAAUUACGGCCAUUUCAAUUUGAUACAUUUAAUGUCAAGACUCAAAUGGACAUGGACCAAAUGUAUUUCUCAGCAUUCCAAUACGAUCGACCUUCAUUGACCUCUAUACCAGUACCCUUUGAAGAUAAUAACCCUACUCCUGCCCUUCUUAGGAUAUAUGCAAGUGAAAGUACAGAGGAUGUUGGACAGACUAAAUCUGAAGAACUUCACUCCAAGAGUAUGUCCGUAAUUUGGCGUAACAAGACACCUCAAUUUCGUCUAACUCUAGGGACAUAUGAAGCUUGUCCUGUAUUAACAGAGUUUACCGAACCAACACGACGACGAGUGGAUGCAUUCAUCAUAAAAGGAGCUACUCUAAUUUAUGCUGAACCAGGGUCAGUUCGACCAACGGCUGUACGACAUGUGGAUGCAUAUCUCCAAUUCAAGAAGAGUCCUGGAUAUCCUUCUGGAGACUAUGAGUGGAACGGUCCUAUUUUUGUCCCAGUAGAACCUGUUCCUGAGACUACCGAGGACAAGAUGGAAAUCAUCAAACAACCUAGCGGACAGCAAGAUGAUCAACCUGGACUCUUUGACAGCAAGAGCAAAAAUCAAGCCAAGGAAAAUAGCCUGCCUGAUGAAUUUGAUUCAGGACCCUCUAAGACUGCUUCCUUAAGUUUUGAUGAGCUUGAUCCUUUAGACAUGACUCCACGUUUGCCAAGUGCAGAUCAAUAUCUAAAAACUGAAAUUGAGCUGAGCAUUCAGCGUGAUAAAGAAGAACGAGACCCAUCUGAAGCACUUGCUGCACGAAAUUUGGUCAUACAGUUGAAUUCAACCGGGGAGACCAAUGAUGAAGUCUUGCGAAUACGUGGUGGUUGUUCCAGAAGUGAUGACAGUGGAGAUCUUGACUGGAACCUAAAUGAAGACUAUCGCCAACUUCGACAGAGCAGACAUGGCCCAGAAGAGGAUUUGUUGAAUAAGAUUUCUACUCAUUCAACUGGAACUACACACCGUGAAGACCACAAGGGAAAAGAGACAUACAACAUCAUACCCGAAUUUUCUAAAGACUUAGACAGUCUUCAGAAAGAUUUUAAUUUGACAGUCGAAGUCAAUGACAAAAAUUGGGAUAAAGCUAAUGGAAGGCUAUAUGUACAGGAAACCCCAUAUCUGACUAACGACGCGGCUCUCUUUUGUUCACUUUUUGGACUGAACCCUUCUUCCAGUGUUCCAGGACCAACGGACGAUAUUCGCCAUACAGAAAAUCGACAGAUUGACCUGCAAAACUUGGAGGAAGUCAGUACGAGUAAUUUGGAUGCCGAGAACGGGACAACUUACCUGACCGGAGAUGCAGACAAAGGACAAUACCUUGACGUCCAUGUUGACGCGUCAAAGAUGUCUAUGAUAAAAGAAAAUGCAGUAUUUGACCAGUCAGUACACCCCCCCUACGUACCGCACUCAAAGGAGGUCUCAUUCAAUAGGCAUCGCGGCGGAGAAAACCUGCCAUUCUUCAUGCUUAAUAGAGAAGACGCCGGUUGGACCAGAACAGAAGAAAUUGGAAGAAACGGGAGAAACACUUACGAAGAAUUUAGGCCUACGCUCGGUGAACGAGACCGUCCCUCUAAUUCGGACCCGAAUAGAAAUCGCGUCUCGCAGACGACGAGUGGAGAUCGCCUGCGAGAAUCAAUUUGGUCCGCGUUCUCGAAUUUCGACGCAGAAACCUUAGCAUAUUUGUUGACGAGGGUGCGGACGCUCCUGGGCGAAGUCCCCAUUGAAUUAGGCCUUAAAAGAAUAUAUGAGUAUGCGAAUGGGAUCGGCCUGCUUACCGUCAAUAACAAAGUCGAAAUGGAGAACACCGUCGAGGACGCGCAAGCCCUCCACUCGAAGACAGGGGAUCUACUUAGAGAAAUAAAAGGAUUGACGAAAGGAAUAGGUCAGUGUGGCCGUCCCAGAACUGCCAUCUGUCUUGAAGAACCCGAACGACAGCUCGAACGUACCUUAGUUACCCGCGCAAUGGCACCAAUCCCUUCCUUCGCUACUCAUCCCCCUCCUCCUCGGUUUGCGGUAACCGAAUACGGCCUACGUGCACUCGCUCCUUUUGCAGCACUAGCCGGUAUGUCGAAUCGUCCCCCUCCUAUCCCGCGUGACGGACUGAAUCAAUCCCACCUAUCUGGAACACCUCCCUUGGAUUCGGAAUAUCCUACUUGCCAAGUGUCAAUCACCUCUGGUAAAGCUCAAGCCUUACCGUCGAUAGAAAGUAAAGAAGGUACGACGUACUCUUAUAUUUUUGAUGACGCUACGCUCGUCCACGCGCCCUCCAUAUGGACCGGAGAGCCUGACGUCCGUCGUGUCCGCGGUAUGCUAAACGUCGUGGUAGACCGAGAGACCGAGAUCGCUGAACCCACUUGGGAAGGGCUCGCGCUCGCUCUGGAUGAAGAACAAGAUCUAAAGACGAGAGAAGUCAGGGAGGAAAUAGAAGACGAUGACGUACCUAUGCUUAGUUUAGAGGAAGAGGAACUAGAAGAGGGAGAAAUAGAGGAAGAAUGGAAAAGGCAGAGGAAGGAACGUAUGAAGGAACUCUAUUCGAUCGAAGAGAAUGAUCGAGACUCGUGGCCAGACCCAGAGUCCCAGAUCUCCGCUGUACCUCCGAUUUCUGCGGAAAUCAGGCUUGAUUCCGCAUCCCCGAACUCCCUCAAAUGCUCGGCCGACCCAAGCCUUAACCCUAGCAGACCGUCCGGCGCUACAGGCUUCAUCGAUUGGGACUCUAAGUCUCGAUCGUACUUCGAACAGUCUCUCUAUUCUCAGUCACCUCAGACGCUUCCCCCUCCUCUAGCUUUUCCACUAGGACCUCCUCGACCUCCUCCCUCGCCUGACGCCUCCGCCGGAUCAUGCGCAUUCGUGUCCCAAGAAGACCAGACGGAUGAAGAUGACGAGGUAGUAUUGGUAGAAAGGAAUGGGGUAAACGGACCUCAGAUGUUAAGGUACGUACCUCCUCAUCGCCGUAAACUGACAUCUAAGCUAGGUACAUCCUCGGAGAAUGUUUCUCUCCUCGAGGACCCAGUGGUUCGACGUAAACCCACACCAUCCUACUACAGGAGCCAGGAUCCACGCCGACGAAAUGGACAUUUGAGAUCGGACCACGCAGCGGUGCGUGCAGAACUGCUGUCUCUUGCCUCCUGCUGUCCGUCAAUGACCCCCUGCUCUACGCCGGAGUACUCCCCCACGAUCUGGUCACUUCCCCCAGCAGCUCCUCCAGUAUCGGCAUUCACGGCUAACGUAAACGUACCUACACUGGAAGGCCUUCGAACCACAUCCCCUUCGGACGACUUUACGCUUGAUAGCUCCCUACGCCGCUUCUGGAACGAGGCAAGAAGGUCCCUAUUUCAAGAAGACCUCCCCGCGUACGUCCCUCUUGACUCAACGGGCAAGAAGACUACUUACGGCGACGACGUAUCGAUGCAUUCGACGAACACCCCCUCAAUCAAAUCUCAUCUACCUUCUGUCACAAUGACCCCCACUCUACCUGGACAACCUGUCUCCAGGCAGAAACAACGCGAGCUCGAACAUGAGCUCGAUAAGAUUCUCGCGGUAGCCCCCAGUCCCGAAGAGACUAAGGAUGGACACGACGACUCUGAAGAAUCGGAAUGGUCCAACACGGAUCUUCAGGCCCUUCAAUACACCCAACCCCUUAUCGUUAACGGUAAUCCUAUAUUCCCCAUUCGAUCUGGAUCCCUUCCCUUCACGUACAUCUCCCUUCGCUCUGAAUGGCUUCUUAAUCCCCUUCCGCCUCGCGACACCGUACCCUUUCUCAACAACAUCUGGCAUGGCCAGGACGACCUCAAGACCAGAAGGGAAUUCAUUCAGGACUACCAUACGCUAGGCGAAUGGGCCGAGCGGGACCUAUGUCUACCCUUCGUCGCUAGGACCUACGCACGCGGACUCGACGACGACAGCAACAAGGCAACCCCUACCUUCAUGGAGAAGAAGAGGCACAUCUAUGGCAAAUUAAGUAUUUUUACUACUCUACUCGGUCCCACCAGCACUGCAGUUAUUCGACUCACUUUCGCAACCAUAUCGAUGUUAUGCUUCACUUCUGCCCUUAUGGAGAAGAAACCGUGGCCAACAUUCACUGACGACGUAUCGCUGGUGAACUUGGAGACGUGGGGCAGUCCGCCUAGUGCGACGACCUACCAAUUAACGGAGUUUUCCUUUGGACAAUCCUUCAUCGGAAUAAAUUCUAGGAUAAAUUCUAAUUUAUUCUACCCUCAAUUGGAACCUGACGAUGAAUGUAUCUACGAGAUGAGUGGAGCAGAAGUGCUUACUGCUUAUAAGAGAGUCGACAAGAAAGUCAAGCCAGUCCCAGGAGUAUUUCCAGAGGAAUCCCGUGUCCGUCGACAAUUUCCAGAAAACCCUCUCGAUUCCUUGCCACCACUAUCGUGCUGUCCACCCCAGUUCAAGGAAAAUGGUCGGCUGACUCAAAAACGUCUAGAUGGCAUGAACAUAAAUCCAGAUGGAUUUCUUAGCUUGGAAGAAGAAAAUCUGUUUAAGCAUAUCCUUCAGCUUAAUCAAAACAGUCUUGUCUUUGAAGAAGAACAUCGCGGGACCUUUCGAGAAGAUUACUUUACUCCAUACAUUAUUCCAACUGUGCCUCAUAUUCCUUGGGCUUACACCAAUAUUCCCAUACCACCUGGUAUCAGGGAAAAGGUAGUCACACUACUCAAGGAAAAGAUGGCAGCAAGCGUGUAUGAGCAAAGUCAAUCAUCUUAUCGAUCUCGCUGGUUCUGUGUUCUCAAGAAAAGUGGCAAACUUAGGUUAGUCCAUGACCUUCAACCACUGAAUGCAGUGACUAUUCAUGAUGCAGGACUUCCUCCCAUUCUGGAUGCCUUUGUUGAACCCUUCGCAGGACGUCGAUGUUAUACGGCAUUUGAUCUCUAUUGGGGAUUUGAUGCUAGAAAGAUACAUGAGAAGAGUCGCGAUAUGACAGCAUUCCUAUCACCUCUAGGCCUUCUUCGAUUGACUUCCCUCCCUACUGGCUUUACAAAUUCACCUGCCGAAUUUUAAGCUUGCAUGGCUUUUAUUCUUCAAGACGAAAUGCCUCAUACUGCUGACAUCUUCAUAGAUGACCUUCCCAUCAAAGGUCCUCUGACUGAGUAUCUUGAUGAAAAUGGAGUUCCAGAAGUGUUAAAGGAAAACCCUGGAAUCCGAAGAUUCAUUUGGGAACAUGCCUGUGAUGUACAUCGAAUCAUGCAUCGUGUAGGCCAUGCUGGAGGAACAUUUUCACCAAGCAAAGUUCAACUUGCUCGCAGAGAAGUUGUGAUUGUAGGUCACAAGUGUACACCUGAAGGAAGAAUUCCAGAUCCUAACAAGAUUGAAAAGGUUUUAAAUUGGCCCAUCCUUACCACUGUCAAAGAAGUCCGUGGAUUCCUAGGACUUUGUGGAACAGUGCGUAUUUGGAUCAAG